AGCCAUGGGCUCUUGAGGCCAGCUCGUUGUCUACUGCAAGGGUUUGUCUCAGGGACCCCCGGCUGCCAGGCACCAUGACAGUGAGGGGGGCCGCGCUGGCCCCAGAUCCAGUGUCGCCCACGACCAUGGCAGCGCCGCCCAGCGUGUCUGUGAUCCCCGAGGGCAGCCCCACGGCCAUGGAGCAGCCUGUGUUCCUGAUGACAACGGCCGCGCAGGCCAUCUCCGGGUUCUUCGUUUGGACGGCCCUGCUCAUCACCUGCCACCAGAUCUACAUGCACCUGCGCUGCUACAGCUGCCCCAACGAGCAGCGCUACAUCGUCCGCAUCCUCUUCAUCGUGCCCAUCUACGCCUUCGACUCCUGGCUCAGCCUUCUCUUCUUCACCAACGACCAGUACUACGUCUACUUCGGCACUGUGCGGGACUGCUAUGAGGAAUCCCACCAUCUGUUUGCCCAGCCUGCUGGUCUGAGUGGUUUUCUCUGGACAUCUCUCACAGCCCUGGUCAUCUAUAAUUUCCUGAGCCUGUGCUACGAAUACCUCGGGGGAGAAAGUUCCAUCAUGUCGGAGAUCAGAGGGAAGCCCAUCGAGUCCAGCUGUAUGUACGGCACGUGCUGCCUCUGGGGAAAGACUUACUCCAUUGGAUUCCUCCGGUUCUGCAAGCAGGCCACCCUGCAGUUCUGCGUAGUGAAGCCACUCAUGGCUGUCAGCACCGUGGUCCUCCAGGCCUUUGGCAAGUACCGGGACGGCGACUUUGAUGUCACCAGCGGCUACCUCUACGUGACCAUCAUCUACAACAUCUCUGUCAGCCUGGCCCUCUACGCCCUCUUCCUCUUCUACUUUGCCACCCGGGACCUCCUUAGCCCCUACAGCCCCGUCCUCAAGUUCUUCAUGGUCAAGUCUGUCAUUUUUCUCUCCUUCUGGCAAGGCAUGCUUCUGGCCAUCCUGGAGAAGUGUGGGGCCAUUCCCAAGAUCCACUCGGCCCGCGUGUCCGUGGGCGAGGGCACUGUGGCCGCUGGCUACCAGGACUUCAUCAUCUGCGUGGAGAUGUUCUUCGCAGCCCUGGCCCUGCGGCACGCCUUCACCUACAAGGUCUACGCUGACAAGAGGCUAGAUGCGCAAGUGCCAACAUACGGCCCUUACGGCCGUUGUGCCCCCAUGAAGAGCAUCUCCAGCAGCCUCAAGGAGACCAUGAACCCACACGACAUCGUGCAGGACGCCAUCCAUAACUUCUCGCCCGCCUACCAGCAGUACACGCAGCAGUCCACCCUGGAGCCCGGGCCCGCGUGGCGCGGUGGCGCCCACAGCCUCUCGCGCUCCCACAGCCUCAGUGGCGCCCGCGACAACGAGAAGACUCUGUUGCUUAGCUCCGAUGAUGAGUUCUAGGUGCGGCUGCUGGUGGGGAGGACUGGCCCCGCGGCCCAGGGCAGGGCGUGCCCCCCUCCGGUCCCACGCGCGGGCGGGGAGGCAGGCUGGCACAGCUUUGGCAUUGCCCGUUAAUUUAUUGGACCAGAAACACUCACCUGUUGCUCCCAGAGGAAUAGCCGGAAGCUGUCGGCCCAGGGGACAGCCCGGGCUCACCACGGGGGCCUUCCGGACUGUUCACGCGUGGUCAGCCCUGCUGCCGGGCGAGGGACGGAGGAUGCUGGGGGUGACUCCUGUGCCCCUAUGGCUUGUCCUGCCGCAGCGGCCUGGUGGGACCAGCUGUGGCCGUGGUGCACCCGCGGCCAUGGCCCUCUCAGCCCCCACGUGGGUCCCUCUUUUCUCCCUGAGACUGACAGCCCCGCCCCCAGCACCGUGCAAUACUCUGACCUGGGCUCUUUCCUGCCUGCUCCCUCCCUUGUGUCCCCUGUCCACGCUAGAUUAGCCUCAGCCUCGGCCAGAGGGGUGGGAGGGGACCCAGAUGCUCCCUGCGCCUCCUCCUGACCCAGGCUUGCCUGGCAUGCUGCAAGGACCAGAGGGACACCAAGAGCCACGUGUCCCAUGUUGGAAGGGAGCUCGGGUGCAUCUGGGCCCCUCUUCUGUGGACAAGGCCCUCUCGUAGCA